AUGAGGAAGAAUAGCUUUAGUAUUAUGCUAAUAGACGGCGAAAAAAGAUUAUACUCUUUAGAAAAUGAUUCAUUGUCAUCAUCAUUAUCUGAUGGUAUCGAAGGCCAUGUUACGAAGAUUCGCUGCCCAAUCAUUUCCUUGGACUGUAAUCUUAAGAAAGUUAAUUUUGCGGGUUCUUGUAAUGGCUUGUUUUUCCUGCUUCGAGAAGAGGCCCUGUAUGGAGAAGAGACCGAUAAUUUUUGGUUGUGGAACCCAUGUUUGUGGAAUCCAUCUACCCAAGAGUUCAAAUAUCUACAAAGACUUGGAUUUCCAGUGAAUGAGAGGGCCUGCGUUUUACACAGAGGAUAUGGGUUUGGUUAUGAUGCUGAGACUGAUAAUUACAAGUGUGUACGUAUUUUCAUUUAUUCAAUCGAUAGCCAUUCUCAUGUUCACAUCUAUUCGCUCAGAUCGAAUACAUGGAAAUUAAUGCAUAUUCCAUAUAAAUUGAGCACUGAUGACAGAUACUUUCGAGCACCAAAUGGGGUCUUUUGUAAUGGAGCUCUACAUUGGUUCGUAAUUAAGGAUUACGGUCGUUCUCUCCAAGUCUUAAUGGCUAUUAAUAUGCCAGAUGAGGGAAUCAGAGAAAUUCCACAACCAGAGAGUGUAGAGGAAUUAGGAUACGUUAAACAUGUUGAUGUCUUGGACGGGUAUCUUUGCAUUCUUUGUAGGAAUUCUGCUGCUUACGAAGCAUGGCUAAUGAAGGAUUAUGGAAUGAGAGAAUCAUGGACAAAAGCAUACAACAUUCCGAGACUGACAUUAGAAGUUGGAACACAAACAUUUGUGGACAUGAAGAAGAUUGAGUGCUUAAAAACUGGUGAGAUUCUACUUGAGGUUCAGUACAACUCUUUCAAGAUAGCAGCCUUGGUGUUAUACGACCCAAAGAAUGAGACGGCUACGUAUUUGAAAGUGUAUAAAAACUUUGGGGAUUAUUCAGUCUUACGAUCAGUAUCCGUUAGGUAUGUGAAGAGCUUAGUCAAACUUAGCUCUAAGGAUAAUGAAAGAAAGGAUGGCCAACAGAGCACUAUCCAUAUAAGGGAUUGA